GGUGGAGAGUGCACAUGGAGUUUGGAGAAUACGAGUUCUUUAGUUUAAAAUGCACCCAUUGCAAUCAACAUUGGUGAAUAAUGUCGCCGGAGUGAAACUGAAUAAUGGAACACAUCUGCAACGGAGAAGUUGCCCAAUUUUGAAACGUUGCCCAUUUUGAGACAUGCCAAGAAUUUAACGGAGCACGACGCCAAGCACGGGAACGAACGAGUAACCGAAACCCGAAAAAAUCGUUUGUUCUAGGGCUUCAGUACCCGACCGGGCGUUGCGGUGAAAGUGUUUUGCGGGACAGAAUCGAUACACCGAUCAGUACGGUGGUGGAAUCGACGCCCGAAACGAGCCCAACCGCCGCCACCGACCGGGCGGAUCUUGCUGUUGCGAGACGCGACCGAUGGGCGAAUAUGGCACACUGGACACAAACACCAUCACCAGCAGUAGCAGUGCGUCCUCACUUACGUCAAUUCUGAUGCCGAUGCCGAUGUCGAUGGCAGCCGCCCCACCCACCUCCGCAGCAGCAGCAGCAGCAAUGUCGGUAACCGCUACCGGUAAACCGACCCCAUCCUGUUCCUCCACCUCGGCGGCACCCACCGGCGGUGUACCGUCCGUGGCGAUGGUACUGGCGGCCGCAGCAGCAGCAGCAGCAGCAAACACCACUACAACGAACCAAAUGCCGUGCAAUCACGUCCAAACCUCGGCGUCCUCGUCGUCGGUGGAAUCUGACAGCUACCAUUUUUAUCACAAAUCCGCUGCCGGUGGAACCGGUGGCAGUAACGGACUGGCCGGGGUCGGCGGUGGUACCGCCGGCGCCAGUUCCACCGUUGGCCAUCACCACAAUGGUGCGGGCGGGGCAGUGAAGGGCAGCGGGAGGGCUGGUACCGGUCACGAAUCUACGUCAUCGGCUGGUGGUGGUGGUGGUAUGCCACGGCCGUCCGUGGUGGCCGGUGGUGGCACCGGUAGCAACGGUGGUGGUUCGGGCGGUAGCGGACGAGUUAAGUGCAAGGAUCCGAUACGUGUCGGUUUCUAUGAAAUCGAGAAAACGAUUGGCAAGGGUAACUUUGCCGUGGUGAAACUGGCACGCCAUCGAAUUACCAAAAACGAGGUAGCAAUUAAAAUUAUUGACAAAUCCCAGCUCGAUCCUGGCAACCUGCAGAAGGUGUAUCGUGAGGUUGAGAUUAUGAAACGCUUAGACCACCCGCACGUCAUUAAACUGUACCAGGUGAUGGAAACGCAGAGCAUGAUUUACAUAGUCUCGGAGUAUGCUAGUCAGGGUGAAAUUUUUGAUUACAUCGCAAAGUAUGGACGACUUAAUGAACGCGCAGCUAGAAAUAAGUUUUGGCAGAUCUUAUCCGCCGUAGAAUAUUGUCACAAUAAGGGAAUAGUACACAGAGAUCUUAAGGCUGAGAAUCUAUUGCUAGAUUCUAAGAUGGACAUAAAAAUAGCGGACUUUGGGUUUUCCAACUUUUACAAAAAGGGCGAACUGCUUGCCACGUGGUGCGGUUCCCCGCCGUAUGCUGCCCCGGAGGUGUUUGAGGGUAAGCGCUACACCGGACCAGAAAUUGACAUAUGGUCACUGGGAGUGGUGCUGUACGUGCUGGUGUGCGGAGCAUUGCCUUUCGACGGAUCAACGCUACAGUCGCUCCGUGAUCGGGUACUGUCUGGCCGUUUUCGGAUCCCGUUCUUCAUGAGCUCUGACUGUGAAUCCCUCAUCCGGAAGAUGCUCGUACUGGACCCUUCCCGGCGGUUCUCCAUCGACCAAAUCAAGCGACACCGUUGGAUGAUGGUGGAGCUGAUCGACACACCGAAGAUUAGCAGUAUCGUCAUCAACGGCAAUGUCAGCGAAGUGAGUGCACUGGAAACGGAACCGAACGAGCAGAUAUUGAAGAUCAUGCAGAACCUGGGCAUCGAUAUUCUCAAGACGCGGGAAAGCCUCAAGCUUCACAGCUACGAUCACUACACGGCUUUCUAUUUGCUACUGUUGGAAAGACUGAAGAGCCGCACGAUGUCGCAUGAGAGUGGGAACGCUGUCGCUGGCUGCAUCGGUGGUGGAAAAUCGGCCAUACAUGAAACGCAACGCCGCCGUCCCAGUAACGUUGCCGAACAGGCAAUGCGAAAACUUGCGAUCAGUACGCAACACAAGGCUGACCAAUCCGGUUCCUCGCCGAAACAUCAGCAACAAAUCUCACCCGCAAUAUCGUCCGGUAUGAGCAAUCACAGUGCGGAAACGCUGCACGGUUUGCUGGGCGCACAGGUGGGCACGGGCGUAACCGGUGCGCUACCGUCAAUGGCACCCGGUGUUAUAAUGCUGCGCGAUACGAGCAUCCGCGAGCAGCAACCGGUGCUGAAGGAUAGCUCCUACUUUCGCGGUGUCUCGUAUACGUCCAGCUCGGGGUUUACGGAUGCGUCGCUCUACCAGCUGGCCUCGUUGCGGGAGCGUGACUGCAGCUCCACAUAUCUGACCGGGCCCGGUACGGUGGGGUUGCUACCGUCGUCACUAUCCUCGAACGUAGCGGCAACCCUGGCGGCUUCCGCCACAUCCCGCGAAGGCAGCUCGAUAGUGCUGCGCGAGUCGGGUAUCCUAUCCAACCGCAUCUCCUCGACGCGGCUGCUGUCGAGCAACAUCGACAAGCGUAUUCUGCAGCAAAGUACGGAGGAUUGUCGCCGGUUGCUGCAGCAGGCUCGUCCCGUGUCGAUGGGUGAAUCGAAUCGGUAUACGAAACCACCGUCCCAUUCACCGGUAAACAACGAUCUCCACCAAGCGUCCCAACCGCAACAGUCCACAGUAGCGCCCUCAAUACCCCAGUCGCAACGCUACUCGGAUCCGCUGAACGGCUUCAGCAAAGACUACCUAACGAACGCAUCGUCCGCAGCGAACGAAACCUCGAUCACUGUGCCGCCGUUCAAGGACUACAUCAACAACAUGCAGACCUAUUCGUACCUUCAGCAUUACGAACCGAACCUGACCGUUACCAGCUCGUCGGCGAGUGGUCACACAGCACCGCAGCCUACAUCCAUUACGGCACAGUACAGCUCCAGCACCGACGAGGGAUGUGAGACAGAUCUUGGAGACGAGGAUGUGCAACAAUCAAUCGACAAGUCAAUUCAGCGGCUCAACUCCUUCGCCAGCUCCAGUUCGUCCAGUGGAGUCGUCACCAACAUUCACCCGAAGAGCUUAAGUCAAAACCUGAGCUGCGAUUCAUCGCGCAGCAACUUUUCGACCUUCGAAAGCCUGGAUCUCAAUUUAUCCGAUUGUGCCGAGCUGGCCGGCAGCUUACCGUCCUGUACGGCCACAACGGAAGCGUAUGAUGGUGUAGCGAAAGAUGAAGCUUCAUUUCGUGCCGUCACAAGUUCGGCCUGCAUCAAUCAACCCCAGUGCGUGUACGCCAUGUCGGAUAAGGUGGUUAGCUCGUUCCUGAGAGCCAACACGGUGUAUCAGGAUGUGCAUAAUGGUGACCAUCGCAGUAUUACCCGUUCGCCCGUUGAUUUCCGCGAGGGUCGACGUGCCAGUGACGGGCUGGUUACACAAGGUCUUGUGCACGCAUCGGAGAAUCCGCUCAAUUCUCCGGUUGCGUUCAACAGCCAGCGGUUGAAUGAAACGUGCAAGGCGAAAGGUGUGCUGGAGCUGCAUCUGCUGCAGAAGGAGGCCGCCCAGCUGAAGGUGAAGUAUCAGGCGAACGUACCGCAGGAUGAGCUGAAUGUGCGCCAGCUGCAGCACAGCCAGUUCCGGGUGAACCCGCUCGAGGGUCUCAUCCUGAAGUCGCUGUCGGCCUCAUCGCACGGCAGCGCCUGCCUCGACCCGUCGAACGGUGGCAAUGCCGGCUACUACAACAAGGUGGCCGACUACGUUGGGCUGUCGCUCGGCAUGAAGGCGGCAACGGUGGCGGCUGCGGGUGGACCGACCGAGCAGAUGGGGAAACUCGAGGCGGAGCAGCUACUGCUGCGGGCAGGCGUCGCUCGCUCGGACCAGCUAAGUGCUGCCGCCGUACAGCAGCUGCAGCAGAAGCCUCCGCUGCAGCAGCAGCUCAUGCAGCACCGGUUGCUGCAGCAGAAGCGUCAGAUACUGCAGAAGCAGGGUGCGAUGGAGGCGGGCCUGAGCCGCAGACAGAUGCUGCGGCAGCACAGCUAUAAGAUCGCACAGCAAACGCAAAUCCUGCCGCCGCUACCGUACGGCGAGCUGGCCGAAUCGGUGGACGGUGCCGGGUAUCCGACGCUGCAGUCGGUACGCGAAACGGCCAUUCUCGAAACCGAACCGAGCCCGGGUUUGAAGGACCCGCUAGAUCUGUACACCCAUCUGCACGCGCACCAUUCGCACCUGCACCAUCAGCAGCAGCAGCAGCAGCAGCAGCAACAGCAGCAACAGCACGCCGCCGCACAUCUCGCGUCCGAUCGGGGCACGCUCUGCUCCUGGAGCACGUUGCCGAGUUCGAUGAAAACGUGCCAAAUAAGCGAAGGAACAUCCGCCACGGACAGCCCAUGGAAUGUGGCUGCCCUCUACCAUCAGAAUGUGCCGCCCGGCCCGUUAUAUGCCGCAUCGCAAUGGAUCACACCGCACACGUCCACGAUCCAGCACUCACUGCAACUGCCGCUGAGCGAAAGCCCCAUACCGGAGCUUGCCGAGCAGAUGGAGUCUAUUUGAGCGGUGGGAGUGUUUUCGUUUCCGUUCCGUUUUUGGUUGUGGAGUUGCAAGCAACGCCAUAGCGACGACGGGCUGAGGUUGGGGGGCUGUAUGGCGAAAUUAAGCGCUAGUUCGAUGAUAGCUAGAUGAUUAGUACGUGCUGCAAGAUAGUAAAUUUGGUCUAAAGGCGGUUAAACACCUCUUGGACAGCGCUUUCAGGAUAAAUUGGACAAUAGCGAGCGUUCGUUUGGCUUGCGGGCUGCGGAAAGUUUCUUCUCGCUGGGUCACGGGGUAGCUUUGUUUUUUUGCUGCUAGCCACAAACACGAGUUCUUCGGAUAGGUAGAUAAAUUUUGAGGCGUGUACCGGGACAGCAGCCCAAUUAUCGUAUUCUCGUCAAAUUACUGCGAAGCGAAACAGGCAUGCUGUAUGCAUUGCUGUAACAAGUCAACACGAGACUGGUCAAACGUCAAUUUUAUGAAAUUGAAAUAACGUAAUCGAAGCGGUGUAAAGUAAACAUUAAUAGAACAUAGAACAAAACGAAUACAAUAUUGCAAACAUACAAAUUACAAUCAUAUACUCGCAUAAACAAAAAACAAAACCAUACACCCCUUAGAGCCCUAGAGCACACCCUUCGCCACAGAGAGAUAGAGGAGCGUUUAGUGAACUGUUUUGGUUUUACAAGAACUUCGAGCAAACAGGGUGGUUGUAGCUAAUACUUCGUAUCCAACUAUUCGAAUCGCUCCAUGAGCUAAAGCUCCCGCGACUGAUCAACUUCACUAACGGGAAUAUCGAUAGGCAAAUAAACAGCUUACUGUGGAAGGCAAUUUUAUCGUAGUUGGGAAGCGGUGACCCACCCCCCACGGGAGAACCGGCGCACCCAGGCAGAUCAAACUUGAGCUUUUUGUUGUUUGAUCUGGCAUUAUUCGGCGAUGGUUGUAUCGUUUGUUUUAUUCACGCGCAUGGCAGUGGUUGUUCUGGAUUUACAUUUACGAUGUGAUACUCUACGAAUCUAGUCGAUAAAUGAUUGAUAUAGCAAUGGUGUCCAGCAGCAAGUCCAACGAGAGGGCGCAUCUUUUGGGCCCCGUAAGAUGUGGGCCGUACCGCUUCAGGGAAGCGCCAUCAAAUUGUAUUACGAGAUUGCGUGUUAUGCUGCAAUCCGGUAAAGGUAAUUUAGUUAUGGUUUUCUCGUGUCGUAAUCGUGUAAUCCUAAUUUAUAGUUAAUUUUCGUUUUAGAAAAUUUUUAUAAAAUAAAACUGCCUGCCAUCGUCAAAGUAAUGUUUAGGCUUUAGUCGUUCUGUAAGCCAAUAAUGUUUUUUUGUAUUGAGCAAGAAAUUAGGGAGGGAAUGAGCGAGAGAGGGAGAGAGAAAGAGAGAAAAGUUGUAACGAAGUAAAUAAUUACGAAAGUUUUUGUUUUGUAAUUAAAUGUAUUUUGUUUUAUUUUAGUUUUAAUUGUUUAAUUAAGUUAGUCAUUCCAGUACGUGUACGAUCAUGUAAGAGAUUUUAAUGAAGAAAUGAGGAAGUAUACAAUUUGUGCACUAUUCUGUUUUUGUUGUUGGUAUAGUAAUGGAAGGUUUGAGCGAAGAUGCGUCAAUUUAUCUCAAACAAUCGCACCCGUAAACAAUUCAGCAUCCAGCGUGUUAAAAGAAAAAAAAAAUAACACAACAUGUCUGCAAGUUUUACUACCAAUCAGGUUUUGUUUUUGUUUUUGCCAAUCCUUUGGGCCGUUUGCGAUCCGAAUCGCGCCUUACAGCACGCUGUAGUUCGUUCACAACAGUAGCAAACACAUUAAGCGAAUAACGUACCAACUGCCAAGCAUUUACACAUAACAAAAAGAAGAACAGAAAACCUAUAUAACGUAUCGAUGUCGCUUUUUUGUCGCUGAAAGAGAUGGCGCGAAUUUUGUAGAGCUUUUAGUACUGCAGACGGGCACCACCGUAGCAAUCAGCCAGCGUUGUGAAGUUUGUGAAUGACUUUCGAUCUAAUCGUGCAUCGAUAGAACACAUCGAAGCUGUAUUCGCCGAACGUAUUCAACCGUGUGCCCCGCCACUAGUGUGCGAAGGCGAAGAUUAGUGCAUUUUCAUGAAGAGACAGAGAGCAGCAAAUAAUGAUUCAUCAUCGUGUGUCGGUGUCAGGCGUCAGGAAUUUACUUAUCUUAUACUGUGUAAACACGAAGCAAUGCGAACAAACGAAUAACCAAGGGACCGGAUGUCGGUUUGAACGAAAGAAAUUUAGUAAAGCUAGAAUCACAUACACACACACACUCACACAUACAUUCUCACGUACAAUAAUUCCCAGGCAAAACAUGCUUGAAAAAUAUCCAAAAUAAAAAUGGAGAACAACCAUGUAAAAAAAAAAAACACCUGCCACGUGUGGAGCAAACAGCACUGACAGGAAGGUGCGAAACCAAACACGCGUCAAAAAGUGGAAAUGCCGCCAAUUCAAUAUAUCUAGUCAUAUCAACCAAUACACACGUGCAUAUAAUACAUAUUACGAAACGAGAACAAAAAAAACAAGCAACAAAACAAAAAUCAUUAUCAUACCAGGCCAGUACGGUCGAUGUACCAGAAGUUACAUUUCAUCCUUUCGAUAGCGGAGCGACAUAUUCAUAUAGGAACGAGGGCACUAGUGGUCAAACCAACCAAAACCAAAUACCAUUGUAGCGGCGUGGAGAGUGAAAGCGUAGAUUUCGUAGUAAUUACACAUACAGCCUAGUUCAAGGGUUUAGCGUCGUCCACAUUUACUCUAGUCAAAAGUAUGAAACUGUACGAAGAGAGAAGUUGGCGGGAAAAGUCACAUACACACUGACACGUAUUAGAAAACAAUGGCUCCCCCUUGCGGGAAGGGAGAGCACAACAAUAGUAAAGUGCGCUUGAGUGUAUGCGCCCUCUAGCAUCUAGAGUAGCAACCAUAUGCAAUCAAUACUGACAACGAGAGUGAAACAAUCGUUUGAUAACAAUUUGCACAUUGGAUCACGGUACAUGUGGGAGUUAGUGUGUAUGUGUGUGUGUGCGGAGGUGUAUGUGUGUUUGAUUGAGAUAUUGCGUUAAUCUCGAAACACUCGCCAUCAACCGUCCAACAUACGAUGCCGAAUGUGGACGAUGACAGUUUAAUGAACAAACGACCAGGCGUCUCCAUGAGCACUCUUGGAUUGGCGGGAAAAUUUAUGGGUUGUGUUGAAAGCAUCACAGCCUAAAGAAGAGCGAUAGAAGAAGCUUAAUGCGUUUUUCACGUGAACCACACACACACACACACACACGCACGCACACACAAGCACAUCAUGUGAAAUGUGCAAUAUUUUUCGAUUAGCGAGCGAAAGUGUAGAAUAGGAUUACAAUUUUGGGUCUAUUAAAGCGCGACCAGCGUUGGUUGGUACACUUGGGACCGCUGGCACACGAUGUACGCUGUAGAUAGUGUUGUGGUACGCAUCGUAACGAAUAAUCAUGAUAAUGGCAUUACAUUCAAUUAAAUCUCCUCCCCCCCGCCCCCUUAAAAAAAAGGCAUCGGGUAGAAAACAUUUAGUCGCUAUAAAACUACAGGAAUCGUGUCUAUAGGGACAAGCGGUUUUGUUCAACUGUUAGCAAAUGAAGCAACCAAUAAAGAAAAAAUAAGGUAAAUAGAUAAUGUCCGAACGUAUUUCGUUAGUGGAAAAAAACAGAAACAGAAAAAAAACACUUAGAGAGACAUUGGUGGAGUAGCGAAAAAUUAGUGUAGCGCAGCAAAAAAGUAUUAGCAAAAGCAGCAUUUUGAGUGUGUGUGUUUGUGUGCGUCUGUGUGCAAGUGCCCGACACUGGUUUGCAAAUUGUGCAUCCAAUACAAUCGACCGUUCAUGCAUGUUCCACCAAAGGUAUGCACAAAAACACGACAAAACAAAAUUCGAGCAAGAGCUUUUGAAUGUCUACAUUCGAAAGCUGCAGACAAAGGAACCAAAACACACUCACUUGGCUAUCUAAAACGCGUAAACAAAAAUAAACAGGAUGCGAAUAUCCUUUCAAGCCGAUCUCCGAAAUGCAGUUCGUUGGGGAAAAACUGGAAAAAAUGGAACCAUCAUUAUCUCGUCACUUUACGUACAACAAACUCACAAAUACAUAUACAAUAGCAGCCUAAACAUAAUAAACAAAGCGGGAGAGAAAGAGAGCAAAAUCCCACUACAAAACAGUCAAUCGCAGGUGAUAACAGAACAUAGACAUUUGUGCUCCACGGGGGAAGGAAGAUCUAGCGGAAGUUGAAAAACGGAUGACACGACAUUGAACUAGACGAGCGGGAAAGUACGUGCAAUGGAAAUUGAAGGCGGGAAAGUUGCGUGGUAAAGCAAGAAAAUGGACGCAAAGGUGGUAAUACAAGUGGGAUGUGAACGAACACAUAUUGGUUAUUUAGUAACAUUACAUUUACAGGAAACGAAAACAAUAACAUUACCCUAGAUCAUGUUUGUAAGGAAAGCAAAAACCGAGAAAAAUACAAUUAAACCGUAGACUAGUUAUAAAUUACUUGAUAUACAUUUUUUUCACAAGAAAAUAUACUUAUAAUCACGGACAAAUAAAGAAAUAUUGUG